AUGGCAAAACUACCGACCUUCAAGUCCUCCCAAGGACCACGCGCUGGUCGGAGACGGUCUACCGUCGUUCGACAUCGGAUUCUACGCUCUUUUCUCUAUCUUCUGGCCUGGAUCUUCUUGGUGCUCGUCCUCAUUGGCAGCACCUCCAACAAGCCCGUCCUGCGAGACACCUAUUUCCUCAAGCUCGACCUUUCCAACAUCAUCCCGCUCUCCGUCCCCAAUGCCGUCCUCAUCAACAGUAUCGCCCGCUCAAUUGGUCUGCAUGACUUUUACCAGGUGGGCUUGUGGAAUUUCUGUGAGGGUUAUUCGGACACUGGCAUCACCCACUGCUCCAAGACUCAGACUCUGUAUUGGUUCAACCCCGUUGAAAUUCUUCUCAGUGAACUGCUAUCGGGAGCAACCAUCGCUCUUCCCGGUGACAUCACAGAUGCCCUCAAAAUCGCCCGUCUAGCCUCCCACUGGAUGUUCGGUCUCUUCAUCACCUCCGCCGUCCUCACCUUCAUCCUGAUCUUCCUCUCGCCUCUCGCCGUCUCCUCGCGUCCCCCUCAAUCCAUCUCCCCCGACCCAUCCGUCAACCAGACAAACCCCGUCCACAGACGUCGCACCUUUGUCUUCCUCCGCUCUUUCCCCUUCCUCAUCAUCACCUUCCUCAAUGCCCUUUUCACCAUCGUCGCCUCCGUCGUGGCUACCGUCAUGUUCCUCAUCUUCCGAAACGUCUUCACCUCGGACGAUUACAACCUUAAUAUCGGCGCCUCCAUUGGCACCCGCAUGAUGGCCUUUAUGUGGGUCGCCUCUGCCUUCAACCUCAUCGCCUUCAUCAUCCAGUUCGGCUCCUGCUGCGCUUCCUGCUGCCGUGGUCGCAAGGCCCGGAAACAGCUCAAGGCUGCUGGCGCUGGUAGUGGUUCUCCAUCGCCUAGUAUGCAGAUGCAGGAGAAGGAGAAGCCCGGCUCGCAUAGCCCCACCACGACUGCCAGUUGA